AGGCUUACAUUGAGCUCAAUUCUGCUAUCUAACCUCGGCCCAAGUUUCACCAUGGCCCAUAGAAUAUUGGAAACUUGAAAUCUACCGUGGAAGUAGCAAUUUUCCUUCAUCCUUGCUCCGAAAUUCAUCUGACUCGUGUUUUAGCUCAGGCAACAAUGGCAGCCGAGUCACCUACUUCUGUUCGGAAAGUUGUUGUUCAUUUGAGAGCAACUGGGGAUGCCCCAAUACUAAAGCAAGCCAAAUUCAAGAUACCAGGAACUGACAAAUUUGCUAAAGUAAUUGAUUUUUUACGCCGGCAACUGCACCGGGAUACACUGUUUGUGUAUGUCAACAGUGCCUUCUCACCAAACCCAGAUGAAUUAGUGAUUGACCUGUAUAAUAAUUUUGGUUUUGAUGGUAAACUGGUGGUUAAUUAUGCCUGUUCCAUGGCAUGGGGCUAACUCUCUGUGAUGGAUUUGCUGAGAUAAAACUGUUCAUUCUCAGAUACUAACUUCUUACUUCCACACAAGCAAGGGAAUAUCAUUGGUGGUAUUCUGAGCAUUCUGAUCAAGGAGACAUUGAUUGAAGCAGCAGUUAAUGCGCAUCUGUCACUUUGUUUUUUCUUCUUUUCUUUAUUGUUGAUUUCAUUAACAUAGCUAUACGGUUUGGAGUUAUGCAUCCUGUAUAUUCCAACUUGUUCAUAAUUCAAGUCGAGAAAACUUCUCUUGGUUCACGUGCUUCAA